AUGUCGAGCCAGCAGUCUCCGCCUCCCCAUAUCGACCGCUAUGUGGUGAUCCACGUGGCGACCACCUGUGACGAGCACGGAGUCUACGUCACCAAGGACUCCGCCGAGGUCAUCGAGCUUGGUUGGAUUCUUCUCGAUGCCACCUCCCUCGACGAGUUACACCGCGAGAACGUGCUCGUGAAGCCCAUCAACACCCCCAUCACACCCCUCUGCACCAGCCUCACCACCCUGACUUGGGAGCAUGUCCGAAACGCCGGUACCUUUCGCGACGCAGUUAACCGCUUCGACGCCUUCGCUUCCGAGCACCUGACCUCCCAAUCACUCGACUUCGUCUUCGUCACCCUCGACGCCUGGGACCUUCGUGUUCAGCUGCCGCGCGAAGCUCGCGACAAGGCCGUCGUGCUUCCCCCCUACCUCCAACACUCGCGAACCUUCGAUCUGCGAACCGAAUAUCAGCGCUGGCAGCAACACCACCCGGAGUCACUCCCUUUCGGCCCUUCCAUGCUGUCAAACAUCUGCGCUGCCCUCGAGGUCGAGCCUGUUCAGUCGAGCGCCCCCAUCAAACACAACCUGCCCUUCCACCUGCAGGCCCUCGCUCCCGCCUCGCCCAGGCGUGCCAUUGAAGAAGCCGUCACCCUCGCCCGAGUCCUCCGAGGCCUCAUCCGCAAGUCGCAACCUCCUCAGGAGCAUCCGGACGUGCUCACGCGCCCCAUGGACGCCCGCGCCGACGUUCGUGCCUUUCUGUCCGAGCGUAGCAAGGUCUUGCACAUGUCUGGCCUGCCUCACGACACCACCCAGUCGGAGCUCGAGAGUUGGUUCACCCAGUUCGGAGGCCGUCCCAUCGCAUUCUGGACUCUGCGCACCCCCGAGCAGCACAAGCCCACGGGUACAGGUUUUGCCGUGUUUUCAUCCCACGAGGAAGCUGCCGAGAGCCUCUGCAUGAAUGGUCGUGCUUUGAAUGAAAAGGCGAUUGAGGUCUCACCUUCAUCCAGCCGGGUGCUGGACCGAGCUGCCGAGAUUCUGACGCCAUUCCCUCCUAGCAAGAACCGACCCCGCCCGGGAGACUGGACCUGUCCUUCGUGCGGCUUCUCCAACUUCCAGCGCAGAACCGCCUGCUUCCGCUGUUCUUUCCCGGCCGUGAACGCAGGACCUCAGGGAGACAUGGGUUAUGGCUAUGGUUACGGACCUCCAGCCAUGAUGCCCCCGCCGCACCACGGUGGCCAUCACGGGAACAUGGGUCACGGCGGUGGUCGCGGAGGUGGCAGUGGUGUCGUUCCCUUCCGUGCUGGAGACUGGAAGUGCGGUAAUGAAGUUUGUGGCUACCAUAACUUUGCCAAGAACGUGUGCUGCCUUCGAUGCGGUGCCAGUCGUGCCGGCGCUGCGGUCGUUGCCGACUCGGGCUACCCCUCCCCCAUGGACAGCGGCUCCAACUACGGCAUGGGAUCAGGUUCCAUGGCCGGCACCCCGGGCCCCGGACCUUUCGCUUCCGCUGCAGGGCCUUUCGGAGCCUCAGGUGGCUAUGGUCAACACUUUGGUGGACCCCCCAGUACGUACGCCCUGCCGUCGGGCCUUGGCGGAGGUGCAGCUCCCUACCCGUCCCUGAACACGCACUUCGGGCCUGCCCCUGGCGCCCAUUCGGCCGGGCCGUUUGACAGCCGGGCUGCCGAGGCUGCCUUCCAGUCUGCCGGUAACGGCCCUGCAUCGGCCGGCCCCUCCAACAACUACUAUGCUUCGCAGUCCGAGAACGACCCUUUCGCAUUCCUCUCGUCCAACAUGGGCAACUUGUCGGUCAGCGGCGGCGACGCUCGUCAGAACGGAGGCGGCGGUGCACCUCCCAGCAAGUCGCCUGCUUAG